AGAGUCACUUAGUGCUGAGAUUUGUGUUGUGAAACAGAAUUUUAGGGACAUUUGCAGGAUGAGUUAGACGAACUCCGUGCUGAGAUGGAAGAAAUGAGAGACAGUUAUUUAGAGGAAGAUGUUUACCAGCUGCAGGAACUCCGGCGAGAACUGGACCGUGCUAAUAAAAACUGCCGAAUCCUGCAGUACCGUCUCCGGAAAGCAGAGCAGAAAAGCCUGAAAGUGGCCGAGACAGGGCAGGUGGACGGCGAGCUUAUCCGAAGCCUGGAGCAGGACCUGAAGGUGGCCAAAGAUGUGUCUGUCAGGUUGCACCAUGAACUUGAGACUGUAGAGGAGAAGCGCACUAAAGCUGAAGAUGAGAAUGAAACUCUCCGACAGCAGAUGAUUGAAGUGGAAAUAUCCAAACAGGCCCUCCAGAAUGAGCUGGAGAGACUGAAAGAGAGUUCCCUAAAAAGAAGAGGCAGUCGAGAAAUGUACAAAGAGAAGAAAACCUUUAAUCAGGAUGACAGUGCCGAUUUGAAGUGCCAACUUCAAUUUGCCAAAGAGGAAGCCUCCCUGAUGCGCAAGAAGAUGGCCAAGUUGGGACGGGAGAAGGACGCGCUGGAGCAGGAGCUCCAGAAGUACAAGUCCCUCUAUGGCGACGUGGACAGCCCCCUCCCCACAGGGGAAGCGGGAGGGCCCCCCAGCACCCGGGAGGCAGAACUGAAGCUGCGGCUGAAGCUGGUGGAGGAGGAAGCCAACAUCUUGGGCCGGAAGAUCGUGGAGCUGGAGGUGGAGAACCGCGGCCUCAAAGCGGAGAUGGAGGACGUGCGGGGCCAGCACGAGCAGCGAGAGGGCCUGGGCCGGGACCACCCACCGAGCCUCCCUACCUCACCCUUCGGGGACUCGGUGGAGUCCUCCGCGGAGCUCCGCCGCCACCUGCAGUUUGUGGAGGAGGAAGCGGAGCUGCUCCGCAGGUCCAUAUCUGAGAUUGAGGACCACAACCGGCAGCUGACACAUGAGCUGAGCAAGUUCAAGUUUGAGCCUCGCCAGGAGCCCGGGUGGCCCGCGGAGAGCACGGGCAAGGGCGCUGGGACAGGGACGCCCCUGCAGGAGGAGCUGAAAUCAGCCCGGCUGCAAAUCAGUGAGUUGAGUGGGAAGGUGCUGAAGCUGCAGCACGAGAACCGGGUGCUGCUGUCCAACGUCCAGCGCUGCGACCUGGCCAUGCACGUGGGGCCGCGCGCCACAAGCCCGCGGGACAGCGACGCGGAGAGCGACGCGGGCAAGAAGGAGAGCGACGGAGAGGAGGGCCGCCCGCCGCAGCCCCGGAGGGAGGGCCCUGUGGGCGGGGAGAGCGACUCCGAGGAUACCUUCGAGAAGACGUCGGGCUUCGGCAGCGGGAAACCGUCGGAGGCCAGCGAGCAGUGCCCGGCGGAGCUCCUGCGGGCCCGGGAGGACGCCGAGUGUCUGGCGGCCAUAAAGCACGAGGUGCAGCGGCUGGAGCGGACCGUGGAGCGGCUCCUCACAGACACUGAGGGCUUCCUCCGCGACGCGGGGGCUGCGCUGGAACCCGGCGUCCAGGGCGAGGGUGCCCGGCACGAGCCCCACCUGCUGGGGACCAUCAGCACCAAGAUGAAGGCCUUCAGGAAGGAGCUGCAGGCCUUCCUGGAGCAGGUGAACCGGCUGGGGGACGGGCUGUCCCCUGUGUCCCACCUCACGGAGUCCUCCAGCUUCCUCUCCACCGUGACCUCCGUGUCCCGGGACUCCCCCGUCGGGAACCUGGGGAAGGAGCUGGGUCCAGACCUGCAGUCCAGGCUGAGAGAGCAGCUGGAGUGGCAGCUUGGUCCAGCCCGGGGGGACGAGCGGGACAGUCUGCGUCUUCAAGCUGCAAGGGAGCUGCACCGUCGCGCUGAUGGGGACUCUGGGAGCCACGGGCUGGGAGGCCAGAGCUGCUUCACUCUGGAGCUCAGGGGCCCCCCUGUUUUACCUGAGCAGAGUGUAUCGAUAGAGGAGCUCCAGGGUCAGCUUGCACAGGCGGCCAGACUGCACCAGGAGGAGACAGAGACAUUUACAAACAAGAUCCGCAAGAUGGAGGAGGAGCACCUCUAUGCCCUGAGGUGGAAAGAGCUGGAGAUGCACAGCCUGGCGCUGCAGAGCACCCUGCAGGAGCGGACCUGGAGCGACGAGAAGAAUCUGAUGCAGCAGGAGCUCAGGUCGCUGAAGCAGAACAUCUUCCUCUUCUACGUCAAACUCAGGUGGCUGCUGAAACACUGGCGGCAGGGGAAACAGAUGGAGGAGGAAGGCGAGGACGCGACCGAGGGAGAGCACCCAGAGACCCUCUCCAGGACCAGUGAGCUUGGAGUGCAGGGGGGGCACCAGACAGAUGGCACAGACCGGGAUGACGGCGAUCGAGGCUGUGGCUUCCCAGGGGGGGAGCAUUCCCCACACUCUCCAGUGCACACUGGAGACCACAGCUCGCGGCUGCAGACGGUGGACGGCAGACAGCUCCACAGGCAGGUGUCGGAAAAUCAGCAGCUGUUCAGUGCCCUGAAGGCCUUGUUGGAGGACUUCCGCUCUGAGCUGCGAGAGGACGAACGUGCCCGGCUGCGACUGCAGCAGCAGUAUGCCAGCGACAGGGCGGCCUGGGAUGUGGAGUGGGCCAUGCUCAAGUGCCGCCUGGAACAGCUGGAAGAGAAGGCUGAGAACAACUUGGGAGACCUAGGCUCUCCGUCUGAGAGCAAAGGAGCCUUGAAGAAGGAGAGGGAGGUGCACCAGAAGCUCCUGGCGGACAGUCACAGCCUGGUCAUGGACCUGCGCUGGCAGAUGCAUCACAGCGAGAAGAACUGGAACCGGGAAAAGGUGGAACUUCUCGACCGCCUGGACAGAGAUCGGCAGGAAUGGGAGCGACAGAAGAAGGAGCUCUUGUGGAGGAUAGAGCAGUUGCAGAAAGAGAACAGUCCCCGGAGAAGUGGCAGUUUCCUCUCUGAUCAAAAGGAAGGCAGUGGUCGCCCCUGUCCCCACCAGGGCAGCCUCCGUAUGUCCCAUCCCAUGACAGCGUGGCCAUGUGCAGAGACCGACUCCAUCCCAUUUGAAGACCGGCCACUGUCUAAGCUGAAGGAGUCGGACAGGUGCUCGGCCAGUGAGAACCUCUACCUGGAUGCCUUGUCCCUGGAUGACGAGCCAGAGGAGCCACCACCCUGUAGGCCUGAGAGGGAAUUCAGGAAUUGCCUCCCCGAGGAAGAAGAAAGUCACAAGGGGAAUCUUCAAAGGGCAGUGUCUGUGUCCUCCAUGUCCGAGUUUCAGCGCCUGAUGGACGUCUCCCCUUUUCUGCCUGAGAAGGGCCUGCAGUCCACCAGUGGCAAGGAGGACAUCACCCCACCCCUGUCUCCAGAUGACCUCAAGUACAUCGAGGAGUUCAACAGCAAGAGCUGGGACUACACGCCCCCCAGGGGCCAUGGUGGGGCUGGGACAGAAAGGCCUAUGGACCUCUGGGCAGAGAGGACCGAGGUGGGGCGGGCAGGGCAUGAGGCCAGCGCAGAGCCUUUCCCUGACUCCUCCUGGUACUUGACCACAAGUGUCACCAUGACCACUGACACCAUGACCAGCCCAGAGCACUGCCAGAAGCAGCCGCUGAGAAGCCACGUCCUCACUGAGCAGUCCGGGGUGCGUGUGCUGCACAGCCCGCCUGUCGUGCGCAGGGUCGACAGCAUCGCCACGGUGGGCAACGAGGGCCCCUUCCCCACAAGCAGGGCCAGAGGGGGCCUGGGAGAUGCCAAGGGGGGCCCUCUGGAGCCCGUGAUUAGCAGGUGGUCCUGCACUCCCCCCAGACACCCACGAGAGUACACAGAGGGGGCGUGGCGCCCCCUCGACACACCCCUCUGCACCUCCCUGGGGUUUGCCUCCCCCUUGCACAGCCUGGAAAUAUCCAAGAACAUGAGUGAUGACAUGAAGGAAGUGGCCUUCUCUGUCAGAAAUGCCAUCUGCGCUGGUCCUGCCGAGCCGCAAGUCAAGGACAUGGCCUGCCAGACCAACGGGUCCCGGACGACAGGGACACAGACCGUCCAGACCAUCAGUGUGGGCCUGCAGACUGAAGCCCUACGCAGCAGCACUGUCACCAGCAGCCCCCACAAGUGUCUCACGCCAAAGGCCGGGGGUGGCACCACCCCCGUGUCAUCUCCUUCCCGCAGCCUUAGAAGCAGGCAGGUGGCCCCUGCCAUUGAAAAGGUGCAGGCCAAGUUUGAACGUACAUGCUGCUCCCCUAAGUAUGGUUCUCCCAAGCUACAGAGGAAGCCGCUCCCCAAAACUGACCAGCCAAAUAACAGGACUUCCCCAGGGAUGGCCCAGAGAGGGUACAGCGAGUCAGCCUGGGCACGCUCCACCACCACAAGGGAGAGCCCUGUGCACAACACCAUCAACGACGGCCUCUCCAGCCUCUUCAACAUCAUCGAUCACAGCCCCGUGGUGCAGGACCCCUUCCAGAAGGGGAUGCGGGCCUGCGGUCGGUCUCACUCAGCAGAACCCCGACCAGAGCUGGGCCCAGGCCAGGAAACAGGCACUAAUUCCCAAGGAAGGUCGCCCAGCCCCAGUGGGGUGGGCUCAGAGAUGUGCAGGGAGGAAGGGGGAGAGGGCACACCUGUGAGGCAGGACUUAUCCGCUCCACCCGGCUACACACUCGCUGAGAACGUGGCCCGGAUCCUCAACAAGAAGCUGUUGGAACAUGCCUUAAAGGAGGAGAGGCGGCAGGCUGCCCACGGCACCCCAAGUCUUAACAGUGACAGCCACUCGCUGGGGGACACGAUGGAGCCAGGGUCCAUGGAGAACCAAACUGUCUUACUAACUGCCCCCUGGGGACUCUAGCCCUGCCUGCCUCACGCUGAACUACCUUGUUCUGCGCUAGCUCCAUCCCUAGAACCCUGCUUCUCCAGGCCCGAAAGACCAGCAAACCGUCGCCUUCCGUCACGAUGGGCCCCACAUUCCCCCACUGCCUCACAGUUUCAUUUGCCCGGAGACCCAGUGUCCUUAGAGGAGCGUGGUGACCAGGAGCUGUCCGAGGAGAAGCCGAGCCUCGACGCGAGCUUGCAUGGAGUGUCACAGAGCAGCUCACUGUGACUGUGUAACUGCACCAUCGCCAAGAACCAAACUCUGCCCCAAAGGAGAGAUCCAGUUUUCUCAAGGUCAAAGAAUGUUUUUAAAAAACACACAGCUGCUGAAUGUUCAACCUGUGAAACUGAGAUGUUUCUAGAAUGAAACAGUAAAUGUGCCUGUAAUAACUUAAUUUUUUUCAUAGCUCAGAUAACUAUUUUUGUCUCCAUCUUUUUUACACACAGUAUAUUAAACAAAAGGUAAAUAAGGUAUAAAUAGAUUUAAAAAAUUAAAGUUUUAAAAAUGUACAUUUUAAGAGAUUCCAAAUACCCUUGCUCCGAUACCUGACUGCCUCUCUGUUCAAUUUGCACUGUUACAUUUUGAGUUGAUUUAUUUCCAUGUUGCAUUAGAGUGUUUUAAGUUAAUUUUAUUUUCUCAGUGUUACUAUUUUUUAAGAAUUUUUUAAAUGCUUCAGACUGUGUGAUUCGGUGAACUUUUUGUAGUGAAAAAGCCAUGAAGCUGGUAGACAAGACAGAUACUCCCUACACUGGAGAGGACGCAGGACGACACUGGUGACAAGGCACAGUCCUCAGAAGGGCUUGGGAAGUCACUGUAUAAACCAUGUAUUACUCUACUUGCACGCCUUCGGUGCAUGUACAUAACUGCUACUGUGUCCUCGCCGUCGCCUAAAUGUGACUCGGUCUGCUCCACUGUAACACGUUGUGAACUCCUUGUACUGUACCGUCAUUGUUGGUCGUCUUGCACUGAUGAUACAACAGCAACAACAUUUUUAAAUUAUUGUUAAAAGAUUAGCUGGCAAUGUACAGCGUUUACUCAAAAUUUUAUUGUUUAAGGAAAAACACUAUAAAAAGUCAUGAGGAUGCCAAAUUGAAACAAAGGCUGGUGCCUCUAAGUCUGUAUGAGACCACGGCAAAGUAGAAAUAAAGCCUUUCUGAGAUGG